GAAGCCUCUCGCAUAAACUUUUGCUGUGCAUUUCUACCCACCAGUGGCAUUGAGCUCGUGCCUCUCGUGCUCAUCAUCCUGCACUCUCAAACAAAACGCUUGUGGAGAGGAGAACAGAAAGUCUCCCCCAUUAUCAUAUAACCCCUCCUGCCCUCCCUAUCCAAGAUAUCAUUCUCCCCGGUAAACCGCACCUUUCAUACUCUUUAAAACUCUUGUUCUAUUUUGAGAUUCUCAGUCAACCCUUCAUUCAUUGUUGUUACGUCAAAGGUUCUCUCAUCUCAACCUGUGAUACGAUAUCAAAAUGCCGCGAAUAUUACUGCCCCCGACUCCGCAGCCAUCUACAGAUAUAGCUGCGAAAUCUGCCCCGCCGCUCUCUGGGCUUGAGCUGUCCUUUGCUUUGCCUCCGCCUGCUCUGGAGGCCAUAGUUCCCUCCGAGGUGGUUUCAAGUUGCUAUUUUGAUUCAUCCGCUUCGAUAUCCUCAUCACUUUCGUCAUCUUCGUCAUCUCCACCGCCGGGCGCUCUUGAGGAAGCGAAAUCGCAACCACCAGCGCAGAAGCGGAACACUGAAGAAAUUACUCUGCCCCCACCUCCAUCAAGGACCCGAAAAAUUAUCCAGAUGCGGCCACAGCAGUCUUCUUCAUCCAGUGCAAGCAGCGCUGGUGGCCCAAGUCAGUCUACUGCUCUAGAGCCCAAAAGGUCAAGGAAGGCGGUAGCAGAGACUGAUAAGCCAGGAGAUGAUGAGAAACCGACCACAGCUGUCGGAAGGAAAAUUGCGAGAAAGACAGCACAUAGUUUGAUUGAGCGGAGAAGGAGGUUCAAAAUGAAUGAGGAAUUUGGAGUGCUGAAAGGGAUGAUACCUGCAUGCAGAGGUGUGGAAAUGCAUAAACUUGCUAUUCUUCAGUCGAGUAUCGAAUAUUUAAGAUAUCUCGAAAAAUGUGUCGAAGAUCUCAAAACAUCCAAUGCCGCCUCCUCGUCUAAUUGCGACGAGGCACAUGUUCUGAUGCUCCCUCCUCCGCCACAAAAUCACGAAGAGAGAGAUUCCGAGGACGAUUCCGAGGAGGAAGAAGUUGAAGAAGAGAAACAAGCUGAAAAAGUGGAGUCAAUUGCUCCCUGCAGUCUCACACCCUCUAUGCUCGUCUCUCCCCGCCCUUAUCCCCCUCACGGGCCUGCCUCACGCCAGGUCUCCCAACCACUGAUAGUGUAUCCACAGGGUCACCAACAUGAUCCAGUAGAUACCGAGGCGACACACGCACUCUUGCUACUGGCUGAUGGGAGGAUGGGCAGUAACGACGAACCUAGAGGCAGCUGCGGCAGCAACAGCAGAGGAAUGAGCGUUAAAGACUUGUUGAGUCCUUAA